AUGAGAAAAUAUAUCUACCCCCAAACAUUACCGGAAUACGACCCGUCAGCCCCCCCUACAACAAAUCUCAGUGAAGUACAAAAGGCAGAGCUCUCAGUCGCCGUGACCAAGAUCCGCCCCGACUUCAUUCCCGAUGAAGUCAAAGAGCCCGCUGUGGUUGAAAUUUCAGACGAUGACUAUGGCGAUAUCUCAGAUGACGAAAUGAUACAGGCGGUGGAAGAGGUGUCCCGAAAGAAGACUGUGCACAAACAGACCCAGCUUCAAUUUCCAACUACUACGGUCCGACCUGCCGACGCCGCUAGAUCUUAUAAGCCGCCUGUAAAACCACCGGCAACACAAUCGAAGGCUGGUGCACUUAGAGUGGGUGCUGCGAAAGAUGCGGUUCGCGGGGUUGUUCCUGAUGAUUUUCUCAUCAAACGAAAAGCCGCAAAAGCCGCUGAUGCUGCUAGAAAGGCGGCGCUGGCAGCAGAGAAGGCGAAGCGAGCUGCUACCACUGUCGUUGAAGAUUCUUCUUCGGAUGAAUCUUCUGAAGAUGAGGGCGGCAAUUCCUUGUUCAAGCUCGGCAAUGCUGUUCAAAGGUCAACGAGGAUUGUGCAUGAUCCAAAUUUGGGUACUUCACUUAAGCCCAGGACUCAAAUAAGCCGAGUGACAGGGCCAACUCGCCGAAUUAAGGACAACCGAGCUCGAGUUGCACCGGAUUUGUCGCCUCUUUAUAAACAAAUACUCAAAUGGGAGGCUUUUCACGAAGACCCCUUCCCUCCUGGUUUGAGCAAACAGGACUAUAUCUCUGUUGCAAAGUCGUUUGCUUCAUAUGAGGCUUACCGUAAAACUUUCGAGCCACUUCUGCUACUCGAGGCUUGGGUAGGAUUUCAGAAAUCAAAGGAGGAGAUCCCUCCAAAUUCCGCAUCCCUGGAAGUAAAGCUAGUUUCGAGAAUGCGGGCAGACAACUUCGUGGAACUCGAGACUACCGUCGCAAAUAUGGACGACCGCUCUCGGUGGCAAGAAUCAGACAUUGUUUUACUGUCCGUUGAUAAAAGGCCUCUAUCUUCCACAGACAAGCCUCAUUGCCUUGCAAGGGUGCACAGUAUCAACAGAAAAUUCACAGGUGCUCCUGUAUGUGAGGUUCAGCUCCGAUGUGACCCUUCGCCUUCGAUGAUGCAGAAUCAUAUGCGUAAUGGGGGCACUCUUUAUGCUGUUAAGAUCAUGGGAUUGGUUCCCCUCGAGAGAGAGUAUUCCGCCAUGAUGUGUCUACAGUAUUAUGACCUUGAACAUGAGAUUAUCAAUGCUAAGCCCACUGAACUUGAAGAACCAACGGAGGUGCAGGUCAAGCGCACAAAAAACCUGUAUACUGUAAAUGAGCCUCAGGCACGUGCUAUUAUUUCUGCCAUAAAGAAUACUGGUUUUACAUUGAUCCAAGGUCCACCUGGUACAGGGAAAACUAAAACUGUCAUCGGGAUUGUUGGAGCUUUAUUGACACCAGGGACCACUGGGGCAACAGCGAUAACAGUACCCGGAGUUCAGAGUAAACCUAGCCCAAAAACAUCUUCAAAAAAGAUUUUGGUUUGUGCGCCCAGUAACGCAGCGGUUGACGAAUUAGUUAUUCGUUUCAAGAAAGGUGUGCGAACCACAAAGGGGGAAGACAUAAUUCCGACAAUUGUUCGUAUCGGUAGAUCAGAUGCGAUCAAUUCUACUGUAAGGGAUGUUACGCUCGAGGAGCUGAUCGAACGCAGGAUGGCACCAACAACAGAGAGUUCGAAAGGCAAAAAUACGGACAUGGAGGAGUUGAGGAAAAAACAUACGCAGCUUAUGGAAGAGCGUGCUACUAAGCAGACUCAGCUGGAUGAUGCUCGCUCGAAAAAGGUGGAACCACCUGCAGGCUUGCAAGCUGAAAUCGAUAAACUUAGCGCCACAAUUCGUGAGCAGAGAAGAGCGCUUGAUGCGAAGCGAGACCAGAAAAAGGAGAGUAGCAGAAAUGCAGAGGUGUUGCGACGCCGUGUGCAGCAGGAAAUCAUGGACGAAGCGCAGAUAAUUUGUGCAACUUUAAGCGGGAGUGGGCAUGACAUGCUGCGUAAUGUGAAUGUCGAUUUCGAGACGGUGAUAAUUGACGAAGCAGCUCAAUCUGUAGAAUUGAGUGCACUCAUCCCUCUCAAGUUUGGGUGCGAAAAGUGUAUUCUUGUUGGAGAUCCCAAGCAGUUGCCCCCUACCGUUCUGUCCCGCGAAGCUGCAAAAUUCUCUUACGAGAAGAGUUUGUUCGUUCGCAUGCAAGAAAACUAUCCAAAGAACGUGCAUCUUCUGAGUAUUCAGUACCGAAUGCACCCUAUGAUUAGCGCUUUCCCCUCAAAGCAAUUUUAUGAUUCCGAGCUUGAAGAUGGGCCAGGCAUGAAGGAACUGAGAACAGAGCUGUGGCACAACAGCAAUCUAUUCGGUCCAUACCGCUUUUUCAACGUGCAAGGCCGAGAAUCUACCGGUGGACGGACAUCUCUUGUCAAUCACAUGGAAAUUGAGAUGGCUUUCUCCCUUUUUGAUCGUCUGACAAAAGAUUUCACGGAAGUUGACUUUGACGGGAAAGUCGGGAUAAUAACCCCAUAUAAACAGCAGCUCUUUGAGUUGAAGAGAAGAUUUCAGAGGCACUAUGGUGAACGUAUUGUGGAUACUAUCGAUUUUAACACCACAGAUGCAUUCCAGGGAAGGGAACGUGACAUUAUCAUUUUCUCUUGUGUGAGAGCUUCUCCCGAGGGUGGUAUUGGUUUCUUGAGCGAUAUUCGCCGCAUGAAUGUCGGUUUAACAAGAGCGAAAUCCUCGCUCUAUGUUUUGGGAAAUGCAAAUUCCUUAAUCAAAAACAGAUUAUGGGGAGCGCUGGUGAUGGAUGCCAAGGAUAGGGGGGUGUUUACAGAAGCUCAUCAAUCUAUGUUCACAAACUCGGCUAGGGGGAGUAAGGGUGUUGCAAGCCAACCAGCUAUUGCAGGGCCGAAUUACCAUCCACAAGGACCGAAUCCGCCUCGGGGUAUCUGCACAUCGUGCGGGAAGCCCGGCCACGGGCCGGGUAAUUGUCCCCAAGGCCGCGCUCACCGGAGUGGUCAGAACCCUCGAGCACCAGCACAAGGUACUAGCAAUACACAUGACGUCCGUAUCCCCCCGAUCAAAACGUCGACAGAGCCACCGAAGCCUAUACAACCCCCCAAAAGAACACAUUCCUUUGAUGCAAGUGCCGAUGGAGCAAACAAACGACCGCAAUUUACCGGAUCUCUACCAGCUCCCAAGGAGCCACAUCCACUGCCUCCAAGGCCUAUGAGGAAAAAGGACGAUGAAAGUGGUGUCUUCCUCAAGCCUAAGAAACGAAGAAAUGGGAAUGCAAGCGCCUCCGGAUCUAAUGAUAGGGCAAAUGAUAAUCAUCCGAAAAUAGAAGAUAAGAAGUGA